CGUGGAGUAGUAUUUUUGGUUGGUUAGUUUGUGUUUGUACCUGUUGGUUUAAGGGUGGGGAAUGAGACGAUCGUAUAAAUGUGUCGUGGUAAUUUGAGGGAAAACGACUACCUGUCAGCCAAUCGGGUGAAGCGAUCGCGAGCUUUGGAGUCGACGAAGCGAGCGGGAAAUUUUGAAAAGGGACGGUUCGCGUCGGUUUGCUACAUACAUAAACAAUAUAUUUCAGGGGCAGUGAGCGAACGGUUCACAUUUUCUUUUCACUGACACACGCAGAAGUUGUAGUAUUUGAACUCUAAGUUUAUACACACACAUAAUAAACAUAUAUGUAUAUAUAUUCAUUGAUAUGAAAUAAUAUUUGUGACGGAAUAAUUUUAAUGUGCAAAAUAAUAAAAAGGCGGCGCGCACAAGUCUGUAUUCUCUUCGUUUGAACAAGUCAGAGUGAGAAGUGUUUGUAAAAAUUUGUUCGCAUCAAUCAGCCGUUAAGAUAAUCUUACAAUAGUAAUUAAUUAAUCGGUACGAUUACUAUUAAGUAAGUACAAUUAUGAAAGUGAUUACCGCGUUUCUUUUACUCUUGGUGCCGGGAAAUCACACAAAGCCCCUCAGGGUUUCUCUCCAGCAGUUCUUGCAGCCAAGAAACUACGGUAAUGUGAAUGACAACAGUCUGUACGACCCAGUUUUUCCCUUAUCGAAGCCUGUAAACGAUGAGAGUAAUCCGUACAACUUGGAUGAUUUUCUUAGGAAUAUGCCGCCAGCAUUGAAGGAUACAUAUUUAAUCAAGCUAAAAGAAACACAACUUUCCUUACAGGACAUGUCGGAAAAUUUCCGAAACGUUGGGGAUUCCAAGAGGCUUCAAAGGAAGGCAUUUUCUAAGAAGGAUAAGCGAUAUGUUAACUCUAGUAAACGUAUCUUACAAAACAAUGGUCGGGCUAAUGAGGAAAGAAAUCUCACGCUUUGUCACUUCAAAAUAUGCAAUAUGGGACGAAAAAGGACCACGCAACUCCUUCAUGUCGUCAGCGAAGACAAAGAGGGCUGAACAAGGAUAAUAGGCAUCCUAGAGAAAACAAAAACAACAACACGAAAGACUUCUGUUAUCUAUACUAAAAAUGACUUUCUAGUAUUAUUAAUGUUAUUGUUAUUUAUUUUUUUUUUUAAUGGAGAAAUAAUGGAACAAGGUUAUUUUAGUUUUUAACAAAUAAUCGACUGUAGAUCAUGGAUUUAAUUCCGGUUAAAGGAAAGGUACGAAAACAUGGAAGGAUCAAACAAAUUCUAUAUUUUGAAAUUUCAACCUAACCUAACCUAACCUCAUUGAAUCGCGACCUAACCUAACUUUAAUUAAUCCCAACCUAACCACUUCAUUCGUGUUGUCGUAACUGUGCACUCUCUUUGGUUUAUACGGAUAAACUAAAGCUAGUCUAACCCUAUACCAAUCUAUGUAUCAAAUUUAAUUGUAGACAAUAAUUGUCACAACAUUUAAGGGCAACUCAAUAAGCAACGUUCAAAUUUCCAAUUUAAACUCGAUAUUUUGGAUUGCAAGUCGAAAUUUCCAGUUGCGAGUCGCAAUUUCGAGUUGCAAGUCGAAAUUAAAAAAAAAAAAUAUGUUUGGUUCUUCUAUGCCUUCUUAAAAAGGAAUUCAUUAUUGCUCUUAUAUAUAUAAAAUAUGAUUUUUAUACAAUCGGUUAUUCAAAAAAUUACUUUUAACUUUGACAUAGACAACUUUGGACUGUUUCCAUUUUAAAACGAGUGGUUUUAAAGCCUUAUUUAAGGAGAAUGAUAAAAUAUUUUGAAGCAGAUACAUUUUCACAAAAACUAUUACGAUGUCAUUUUCAUAUUUUCACAUAUUUCAUUUAAUUUCUUUUUAAUGCAAUUUUAAUUAAUUAUAAAGUGCAUUUAAUCUGUGCAUCAACCUGUUCGCGUCUCAAUAAAAGGCAGUAUUUAUUUGAUUUUAUGAUAGAUUAAAAAGUUAAACAUGUCAAAGCUUUUUGGGUGAAAAUUUUAUCUUUUCGUUCAUUUAUUAUUGCGAUUGUUCAAUCACAAAUAAAUAGUA